CAAUCUCUUUGUAACAACCACAAACCCAUAACCACCGCUCUAUUCUCAUUCCUACUCACCUAGACACGUCUCGGUGACAAGCCCCAUCUCGAAUGCUGUCCUCCACUAGCCGCAUGGCGCCCCUGGGCAAGAUGCUGGUCCAAAGCCGCCCCGCUCUUGCUCGCAGCACUCAGCAGCGCCGAUACCUGGCAGCCGCUGCCCAGGCUUCUGGCAAGGCAGCAGCAUCGCCAGAGGUCCCUCCGGCAAGAGCAGUUCCGUCAGAGGCAUCUGCUCAGGAGGCAGAGCCUUCCCUGGGAAGCAGCAACCUCCUCAAGUCUACCCGUGAGGCUGCUUUGGCUACUCCCGGUCUUCUUUUCGCCGAUGGUCAUGGACUUCGUGGACCGACAGGGAAGGGUCGCGAGACCCGCAAGAUGAGUCUUCAUCAAGCCAUUCGCGAUGCUCUCAAGACUGCGCUUGAGACCAACCCUAGGGCAUUUGUGUUUGGCGAGGAUGUGAAAGCUCAUGGAGUGUUCCGCUGUACCCAUGGACUGGCAGAGGAGUUUGGCCAGAAGCGCGUCUUCAACACUCCGCUCACUGAGCAAGGUAUUGCAGGCUUUGGCAUCGGCCUGGCGAGUGUGGGAUCUACUGCGAUUGCGGAGAUCCAGUUCGGAGACUACAUUUUCCCAGCUUUUGACCAGCUCGUCAACGAAGCAGCGAAGCAACGCUACGCCAGCGGUGGGGGUUACCCACUGCCAGGCGGCUCCUUUACAGUGCGAGCUCCCAUUAUGAGUGUCGGUCACGGCGGUCUGUACCACUCGCAGAGUCCCGAAGGCUUCUUCCUCGGAGCCGCCGGUCUCAAGGUAGCCGUUAUCAGGUCUCCCAUCCAGGCGAAGGGUGUGCUGUUGGCGGCCAUUCGCGACCCCAACCCUACGAUUGUCUUUGAGCCUAAGGUCCUGUACCGUGCUGCUGUCGAAGAAGUGCCUGUGGAUGACUACACUCUGCCCCUUGACAGCAUCGACACUAUCCAGGAGGGCACAGACUUGACUGUGGUUUCCUACGGAACGCCGCUCUAUACUACACUGCGCGCCAUCGAGCUUCUUACCAACCCUCCGCCAAGCCUGGUGCAAUUCCUGCCCGAGAGGCUCCGUCCCCCUAACCCAGCCCCUUCUAUCCAGCUGAUCGACUUGCGAGCUAUUAACCCUCUUCCGAUCAACGAGAUUACUGAGGCGGUCCGCAAGACUGGACGCCUGGUGGUUGUCCACGAAGCCGGCAAGAGCGGUGGUGUCGGAAACAACCUCGCUGGUGAGGUUGGCCGUCGUGCGUUCGACUACCUUGAGGCCCCCGUGGGUUUGGUCAGCGGCUGGGACAUGCCCGUCCCCCUGGCUUAUGAGAAGUUCUACCAGCCAGACGUCAUCCGUGUGUUUGACCAGCUUGUUCAAACCUUGAGCUAUUAAGCGUUGUACCAGUGAACGCUACAUUAUACAAUGCCGCAUUUCGCGGCCCCUCCGCAAAGAAGUCCACAUGUACCGCGCAGACUAUGCAUUCUCGAUGGAAUAGGA